AUGGCAGCGAAGCAGACAGGACUACAGGAAGACGUCGAAGUCGGGCCCGAGGUGAUUGACAUUGACAGAAUCGAACGGGUGUAUGCUAAGCUGGAUCGCCGUAUACUACCAGCCUUUUGGGUGCUGUACUUCAUGUGCUCAGCAAUUCGGUCCAACAUUGGACUUGCGCAAACGAUGAAUCUGGCUGAAAAACACGACCUCGGAUCCGUGCUCGACAUCACGCCCAAACAGGUCUCGACGGGUCUGGCAUUGUUCUACGUCUGCUAUGUCUUGUUCGAUCUGCCCUCGAAUCUCAUCAUGUCGAGGGUCAGCCCGCAUGCGUGGAUGAGUCGCAUCGUUACUUGUGUGGGCAUCAUCGGCAUGUGCUUGACUGCUAUGAACGCAGCAUGGAACCUCUAUCUACUUCGGUUGUUGCUUGGGAUUGUGAUUGCGGGCAUGUGGCCUGGCAUGUCCUACUACCUGACGCUGUUCUAUCCUCCGUCUCGAACCGGAAAACGCAUUGGACGCUACUUUACAGCCUCGCAGAUGUCUGCAGCCGUCGUGGGCCUGGUUUCGGCUGGGUUCCAGAAGAUGGAUGGUGUCGGUGGUCUGGUUGGUUUCCAGUGGAUGUUCCUCCUUUACGGCAUCGUCGGAUUCAUUGUCGGUGUGUCGCUGCUCUGGUGGUUGCCGGAUCGGCCAUUGCCGCCUGGCCAAGUCCGUCAACGAACAGGAUGGGCCAAGUGGCUUCCCCAAAGCAAGCCGGCUUUGGAGGGCGAGGACGCUCGGGUCCACUAUGAAGACCUCAGGCGCGUCUAUAGCCGCAAGCUGUGGAACAUGAAGGAUUUGUGGAACGUCAUCAUCGACUGGAGAAUUUACCCGCUGGUGGUCAUGUACUUUGGCGUGGUGGGUGUUGGCAACGGGACACAGGCAUAUGCAACAGUCAUUAUCCGGGGGAUUAAUCCAGGCCUGACAGGCAUCCAGCUCAGUCUGCUGUCGGCACCUAUCUGGAUUAUGGAUCUAGUGGCUAUCCUCGUCGUGACGCCCAUUUCGGACCGCUUCCACCACCACAGGCCCGCAUUUUUCAGCGGUGCCGUCGUGGUCCAAAUCGCAGGCCUGGUGAUUGCGACAUUCGCCAAAGGCUGGUCGCGAUACGGCGGGGUUUUGCUGAUUGGGUUUGGGCUUGGGCCGACGGUGCCCAUCUGCAUGGCGUGGUCCAACGAGAUUUUUCAACCCCGCCAUGGCGAGGUGGGCGUGGCGGCGGCCAGCGCACUUGUGUCUGGGUUGGGCAACCUGGGCAGCAUUCUCACGACGUACGCGCUGUAUUCGGGAUGGGCUGCAGAUGCAAGGGAGGGAGCGCACAAGUAUCGCAAGAGCAACUUUGUCAUGAUUGGCAUUCUGUGCGCCAGCAUGCUCAGCGCAGGCAGCAUGGUGGUGCUGCUGAGGGUUUUUGGCGGCAGCAAGGGUAAGCAGAGCAGCACCGGCGCCAGGUCGACUGACGAGGGCUCGGGGGGCUGUGUGGACGGUGCAGCGCGGCGCGAGUUGCAGCAGCGGGGGCUGGGACGCAUGUUGUGGUUCAAGUGA